UGCGCAGACGAGCACCCAGCAGUUCAGACCAUCCCCAUCAUCCCACCGCCACUGCAGCUUCAUCCCUCCCCAGAAUCCCAUUCUACACGCUUUCUAUAUGCCUCUGCAACAAUGAAGUUCUUCGAGAAUGUGUUCACCUACGACUACUCCUUCCCUGCCGUCUCUUUAGCCUACUUCCUCCGCUAUCCGAACCCGUAUUCUCGCCAUGUCCUUACGACCGACGUUAUUGAUCGAUACGUUGACCCCAAAACCGAGCGCCUUCACACAACGCGUCUCCAUCUGAAGAAAUCCAAGGUUCCGUCGGGUAUCCUCAAAUUGCUGCCGAAAGGCAUGGGAGGCUCGGAUCACUCCGGCCAAAGUUAUAUCCUGGAAAACACCGUCGUUGACGCCAAGGAGGGCUGGAUGGAAACGGAAUCACGCAACAUGGAAUGGACUGGCAUCCUGAGUGUCGUCGAGAAGCAGGUCUAUCAGCGCCAAUCGAUUGAGGGGGCGCUUGAAAACCUGCAGGGACUGUCUCUCGACGACAAGAUCAGUGAGCAGACGACGGUCAAGACAACGGUCACGUUCCGGUCCCGACUUGGACAGGGAAAGCUCCUGGGAAACAAGAAACGAGCUGAACACAGUGUUGAUCACGCCGGUGAUGCCGAUGAGGAGGCUCCGAAGAAGGGUUUUUUCUCGUCAUUAUCAACGGCCGGCAUUCAGCGAACAAUUGAGCUCAUCGGUGUCAACAGAACCCGAGAUGCCGUGCUCAAAAGCAAGCAGGGCAUGAACGUUGUGCUGGAACGCCUGCGAAAUGGCGGAAUUGUUGGUGUUCUCGAGGGAAUGCGCCAGGAUCGCGAGGCAGCCUUUGGCGGAGAAGGUCCCUGGAAGCGCGUCUGGCUCCGGGGCAAUGGCCUCAAGGACCAUGCGCAUAUGGAUGACGACGACAACUGAACAUGGCUUAAUGCUAAUAGAGCGAAUCUGCAGAGAACUAUUUGUGCAAUCUUCGAGCGCGGUGUUAUGGCGUUUUGGUUUUAUCACGGACACUCUCCUACAUCUUGACAUGACUUAUUAGCCAUCGCUGUCAGUUUAUGCCGACAGCCUCAUUGUCAUGCUGCAUUUCUUCACUCUGAUUUUUUAUUUUAUCUUUUGUUUUGGUUUGACCCUACUCCUGUCUCCUUUUGUUGAUCGUGUACUCAAGAGGGAACAAAAUUGCUUGUAUAUUAGGAAAAAAGAAGGACGGUCGACUGAAAGUUCACAUGGUGGUGACAACUGUACUAUAUAUAUUGGAAAGUCAAGGAAGACCAAGGGGUUGGUUUCAUUUCAUCAAUUUUUUCUUCUCUUAGGAAUCAAAAAC